UGCCACUGCUUCCAGACAGGCUUAUUCUGUGGCAGUUCUUGAAGAUAGAUGUUUUUUGGAGUGGUUUGUUAGAAGGGUGCAAGAUCGAAUUGUUCUUUGCACAUUAAGGCAAUUUCUGGUGAAGAGCUCAAAUAAUGCAAGGCAUUCAUUUGAAUACGUGGAUAGAGAGGAGAUGAUAGUAGCCCAUAUGGUUGGUGGAAUCGAUGCUUUCAUAAAGCCACCUCAAGGUUGGCCACUAACCAGCUCUGGUUUAACGCUGAUAUCUCUGAAGAGCUCAAGUCACUCCUCAAAAGAAAUACCUUUGACCCUCCUUUGCAAGGUUGCGGAAGUGGCAAACUCGUUUGAUACAAAUUCACGACAGACUAUCUCAGUCUUCGCGGAUAGAGUUGAAGAGAUACUUAUGCAGCAAAUGAGUGCAGUAACUUCAAACUGAAAAUAUUCCAGAAGAUGACUUCUUCCCUGCUCUGUCUGUACUCAUUUUGGUAAGAUUUAACAAUGUCAUAAUACUGUUUACAUUCAAUAGUACUGACGCCAGCUGCUAAGUUCUCCGAAUCACUCUGUAAAUUUUCCAGCUAUGGAGGUGGUUUCUAUAAAAAAACAUUUGAAUUAGUAUGUCCUAAUUUAUCUCACUGAAUUUUUCAGAUAUUUGAACAGAAGUGGAGAGUUAGUAUAAUGCUGAUGUAGGUUUCUCAUAAAUGUGUUAAAGUAUCACUUGGAUGUAAACCUUAACUCUAAUGCAAAUGAUUAUUUGUGUGAGCUUAGUAUCAUUAUGGAUGUAUAACAGGAUUUUUAAUCAUAUCAAGGUAUAUAGCUGAGUCUACGUUUCUGUCAUAGUUCCACCUCUACUGUUCUUCCCAGACAUAUUUCUGGGAAUCUAAUUUAACCUUAUCAAAAGAGAAAAGUGAAUCUAAUUUAAAAAGGGCAAACCGGUGCACUAAGCUUCCGCUAUGCGCAGGGACAAGAGUCUAUUGUACGGAACCUUACCCUGCAUUUCUGCAAGAGGCUGUUUCCACGAAAAGUGAAUCUAAUUUAUUUAAAAAUUAUGUUAGUGCAUCGGUACUUUAACAGGUUCAAAGAAGUAUUUUGGUUUUCCUCUUCAAGAAAACUAAGAAGAGGUAAAUUUUUAGCUCUAAUGCCAAGAUUAAAUGGGCUUGCCUGAUAUUGUUGUGUCUCAUUUACAGUAGAUUAAAUGUUUUAAGCCUAAAAGAGUAUAAUAUAUGAAAAUUUCGACUACCCUGUAAUGAGAAAUGAACUCCACAAAGAUGAUGCAACUUCAUUUGCAAACAAUUAAUAUGCAUUCUUUUCGGCUUAUGUGUUCAUAUGUAGUGCUUUGUUGUUUUACUAUUAGUUGAAAUCUUACAGGUAUUUACUUUGUGUUCCAACAAUAUGCAUUUGUGUCACUAAAAUAUGGAAUUUUGUCAAUUAGGAACACUAAUUACCUUCCUUUUAUGCUUUGUUAAACUGAACAAGAUAUGCAAAUUUCUACCAGUUUCCCCUUCUUUUAGCAUAAUUUUCCUACUUUCCAACAAGGGGCAAAAGUUACUAAGCUCAUGCUAAAAGUAAAUUUUAAUUGAAACUAGUCAACAGAAAAUCUCCAAGUUGGUAAGACUUCUUGGUAGGACUGGUAAAACAGUUUCAAUAAGAAGUUGUUAUCUCUGUAAUCAUUAAUGAAGAAGUUUAUCCAAAACCAUAUGAACACACAAUACUCACUAUAAAUUGGACCAACAAUAACAAGAAAACCAAGCAUAACAAGAAACAAAAACAUCAUGCCUUCCUCAUCACACUACUUAGUACUUUACUUCUGCUUACUUAGUUUCUUAGCAUUUUCAUCAGUUAAUUCACAGAUCCCCGUUCAUUACCCGAUCGAUGUUAUUGUGAAAAAUGAAACUCCAAGUACAGCAUCGGCAAGAUGUUAUAUACAUGGAAUUGAGACUCGCGGCGAAAUCAUAAUGACACCAGAUCAUGAAGCUGAAUUCAUUUUGAGCAUUAUUCCUGGAGAGGAGGGGAGAAACAUGGGUUUUUCGAGUUGUUUAACUUGAAUAAUACUAACAUUUGUCACACUCCUGAUGUAUUUUGUUAUUGGAAUGUACAUGAAGAUGGAUUAUGCAUGUUUGUUGCAGGUAAAUGUGUGCUCUUCAAAUGGGAUGCUAACUCAACAGUUCUUUCAACUAGACAUUUUGCAAGUGAAAAACUGAGAUAUGCUGCAACUGGACCCUUCAUUUUGAAGAGAAGUCCUUAGUAAAUCCAUGAAAUUUGUACCUAUGUUCUAUGAAAUUGAUUAAGAAAAUUCAGGUAUUAUGUGAAUUGAUAUGCCAAGCUGUAUGUUCAAUGUGUAA